AUGACCAACUCUCAAGAGAGCAGCACCGACACUCUGUGCAGCCUAACGUGGAUGGAAAUUGAUGAAUCUGUUUGUUAUUACCUUGAAAAUGAUGAUUCGAUCUCGGAGUUACAAGAUCAACUUAAUGGAGAGUCGGUGGAUCAGCUUCAGGAAAUCGAAUCUGGCUCCUUCGAUACCGGUGAUCUUGAGAACAAAGAAGCUGAGGAAAAUGACAUUUCGCGCAAAGGAUUCGAGCGUGCACUUAGAAUGGCACACGAUGCAGUAGAGCAUGCGAAAAAUGUUAAAGAGAUAUUCGGUUAUCUGGGACGUCGUGGAGAGAAUUCAUUUUCGAUGUCAUGGGAGAAGACCUUCCUCGACUUGCACGUCGUGGACAAAGAGCUUAUGACCCAGAUACUUGACCUCUCUCGCGAUAUCAAAAUCAAACGCGAUGAAAAAUUCCGGAUCCGUGAUUUUGAUUAG